CCCCAGGAGGAGGCGCUGACGCAGCAGCGUGGAGCCCGGGAAUUGAGCGCCCCCGGGGGGUUCCAGCCGCCGGAUUCCAGCCCGGCUGGGGCCUGCGGGCGCCCAGAGCCGCGCCGUCCGCGCCGCUGUCCGGCAUUCAGGAGGACUUGUGUGUUUUCAUUUUAUCUGUCCUUAUUCCUCUUGGCCUUAUUCCGGCAACAUCUGGCCUCAGCGCCCUGUCGCAAGUUCUCCAUUGCCUUGGCCAUGCCAGCUUCCAGGAUACAGCCCAGCUCUGGCCUCUCAUUCAGGAGGGGGCCCAGGCUGCCCCAGAUCGAAAGUACUCCAUGACACACACGCGGAGGAAGUCCCUUCCCAUGCUGAGUUCGGGCCCCACUGGCCGCCGGGAGCCCCUGCAGAUGGAAGGCAGCAAUAUGGAGCAGGGGGCGGAGAGUGUGGAAGCAGGCAUGCCCGAGAGCCCAGGGCACCUCACAGGGCGCCGCAAGAACUACCCACUUCGUAAGCGCCCAUUAGUUCCUGAGAAGCCUAAGGCCUGCAAAGUGCUGUUGACCCGCCUGGAGAAUGUGGCUGGUCCACGGAGUGCAGAUGAGGCUGAUGAGCUGCCCCCUGACCUGCCCAAGCCCCCCAGCCCAGCCCCAUCCAGUGAGGACACUGCCCUUGCCCAGCCCCGCAAGAGGCGCCUGGCCUCCCUCAAUGCGGAGGCCCUCAAUAACCUGCUGCUGGAGCGGGAGGAUGCCAGCAGCCUGGCCGGCACUCGUCGCAGUCGAGGGGGAGACCCUCACCGCAGUCGGGACCGUGACCGGGCCAGUGGGGGCUGGUCCUCUUCCAAGAAGCGGCCCCGGCUAGAGGACCUCGGAGGGGGAAGUCGGGACCUGUCCCCAGAGCCAGCACCUGAGGAGGGUGCUCGUCGAGAUGGUGACCCAGCUCCCAAGAGAUUGGCCAGCCUGAAUGCAGCUGCCUUCCUAAAGCUGAGCCAGGAGCGGGAGCUACCCUUGAGGCCGCCUCGUGCCCACCCAGAAGCAGAUGGGCGCUCCACAGAGCCACCAGCACUGAGGGUUCCGAGGCCAAAGUGGGCUAAAGUCAAUGGCAAGAACUAUCCCAAGGCCCGGCAGGGGCUUGGCUCUGGGGAGGCCGUAGGUCCACCCGGCUGGCAAAAGCACCCCGAGGAGCCAUGGCCAUCUGCCACCCCUCGUGGGCCAGCCAGCCAGCCACCUUACCAGCCCCUGAGCAAGGCUCUGGAGAGCCCCUUGGGGCUGCGCCCCCACCUGCCCCUGCUGAUGGGUGGGCAGGCAGCCUUGAAGCCGGAGCCUGGGCGCCCAGGCGAGGAGUCACCUGCCCCCAAGCAGGAACUGCACCAGCCUUCUUUCCCUGCACCCCAGCUGCCCCCCCUGCCGAUGCCUGGCAACCCUGCCCACUACAGUGGCCUGUGUGGUAGGCCUGAGCUCCCUGCACUAGGCAGCUUCUACCUGUACUGCAGCCAAGAUGGGCUGCAGUGUGGAGGCUACUCCCCCUGCCCCAUGCUUCCUGAGGGCAAGUUGUCCCCAGUGGCUGCACCUAACGAGGGGCUCCUCUUGGCACCAAGCUCAGUGCCCGCGGGCACCCCUUUCCAACACCCUCCCUGGGGCUCUCGCUACUGCUUUAGCGAGGACACUGGAGUGAAUGGCUACAGCAUCUGUGAAAUGUUGCCCCCGUCUCUUACCCAUAUUGGCACCACCUGUGGCGGCUGCCCCUACAAAAUGCCUUUUGCAGCAGAAGGCUGCAGGUCCCUAGGCCAGCUGGAAUUUCCUCUCCCGGAAGCCGGCCACCCUGCCUCACCUGCCCACCCCCUCCUGGGAUGCCCUGUGCCCAGUGUGCCACCUGCAGCGGAGCCCGUCCCCCAUCUUCAGACACCCACCUCGGAGCCCCAGACGGUAGCCCGUGCGUGCCCUCAGAGCGCCAAGCCUCCUAGCGGCUCCAAGUCAGGUCUGCGCACGGGCUCCAGCUGUAGGCACACUGCGAGAAGCAAGGCUGCCUGCAGGCCCAGCCACCCCAAGCAACCGCGCGUCCAGCGCCCACGCCCACGCCGCCGCCGCCGCCGCCGCACUAACGGCUGGGUUCCCGUUGGGGCUGCCUGUGAGAAGGCGGUCUAUGUCUUGGAUGAACCAGAACCAGCCAUCCGAAAGAGCUACCAGGCAGUGGAGCGGCACGGAGAGACCAUCCGGGUCCGGGACACUGUCCUCCUCAAGUCAGGCCCACGAAAGACAUCCACACCUUAUGUGGCCAAGAUCUCUGCCCUCUGGGAGAACCCUGAAUCAGGAGAGCUGAUGAUGAGCCUCUUGUGGUAUUACAGACCAGAGCACUUACAGGGAGGCCGUAGUCCCAGCAUGCACGAGCCUUUGCAGAAUGAAGUCUUUGCAUCGAGACAUCAGGACCAGAACAGUGUGGCCUGCAUCGAGGAGAAGUGCUACGUGCUGACCUUUGCUGAGUACUGCAGAUUCUGUGCCAUGGCCAAGCGUCGAGGCGAGGGCCUCCCCAGCCGAAAGACAGCACUGGUGCCCCCCUCUGCGGACUACUCCACCCCGCCACACCGCACAGUGCCCGAGGACACGGACCCUGAGCUGGUGUUUCUUUGCCGCCAUGUCUAUGACUUCCGCCAUGGCCGCAUCCUCAAGAACCCUCAGUAGCCUCCUCAGGCUCACACUGAGGCUGCCCACGGGCAAGUGGGGCUCGGGGCAGGGGGUACUGCUUGAAGCACAGCACUUGGUUAAGGGGCCACAGGGACCUGAAGUUGCUGGCCUGUGGUUCUCUUGGGGGGGAGGGCAGGGAUCCCUAUGGGUACUGGGCCCUUGGGAGGGAAGGGGAGGCCAGGGUAUAGGGAAAGCAUCACAGCCCUCAGCUUGGCCCAGGGUACCUCUCUAUGGUUGCCUGGGUGGAGACUUGAAGAAGCAGUCUUCCCUGAGACUGGGCCAAGCCUGAGGGGCAUGGGGCCCUGGGGGAGGGGAGAGUCUUUCAGGAACAAGGCCCACUAGGCUCUUUAGCCUCCCCUGGGCCCUUCAAGAGGGAGUGGGAGCCAGCUUUACCUCACCCACUGUGACCCGCUGCUUCCCCAUCAGCCUGGGACCAGGCUCUCCCAGAUUUUAGCACAGCUCCGAGUUCCUUCCUUUGAGGCAUAGAGAGCCAGAGUCUGGCUUCCAGAGCAUGGACUUGCUUUUUCUAGACUCGGGGCCUUUCCCUGGCUUCCUCCUUUGCCCCUGCAGUAGCCCCUGGUGCUGGGACAAGUUACCCAGUGCACAUAGUCAUGGGUGUGGCCCACUUGUGGGAGUCAGCUUCCUGUCUGCCUCCUGGUGAGGGCCACCCAGCAGGUCUGGCUUCCCAGAAGCUAACUGGUCAACAUGAGGUUUAUCAUGUCUGGGAGGGCAGAAGGGAGCUGGGAGGGGGUGGGGGGCAGGGGGCAAGGAAAAUUGCUACCUGAUUUAUUGAAGACUUUUCCUCUUGCCUUACACUUGGAGGUUCUAGGAAACCUCUUGCAGAACUUCAUACAUGACUCUUCAAGCCACACCCACCUGAAAUCAAACCAAAGGAGUGCUGUGGCUCCCCUUGCCCUGCCACCCCUUACCCUAGUCUUUUGUAGAUUGCACUAAUUUACAUCCCUGCGAGAAUCAACACUGUAUCAGUCCACAGACCUGCUGAGCUGCAGCCACUCACUCUAGGAGCUAAGGACCUGCAUUUUCAGUUUGUUCCUGUUGCCCAGGGGCCCCGUUCUCACCUCAUGCUGCUCCCCAGAGUAGAUUAGAGGCUGAGCCCCCUCUUGUCCUAGUCAGGACUAGGCCCUGGCCCUGGGGCUGUCUGUGAGGGGGCUGAAGCAGCCUGGUUCUUUCCUGUUUGUACCAAAGAGGAGCAUGGUGGGGAGGGGAGGGGAGGGGAGGGGAGCACAGUGUGGCUUGGGCCCUGCUUAUGAGCACUUACACAGGGCGCACCCCUGGGGGUAGGAGCCAAGGAGGGCAGCACUCCCUCUUCUCCCCUAGGAAGGGGCAGGCACAGACCCGGCAUGUAAGGAGGUGACACUGGGUGAGGACAGUCAAGCUGGGUCUAGAGAGGGAGGUGGAAGCAAAUCCUGUGGGCGCUCCCAGCCUUGUGCUAUAGGCUGCUCCCAGUUGGUCCCUGGGCUUAGGGGGGCCCUGGAGGCUUCAGAGGUGAAUUUCCAUACAGAAAGCCCAAUCCCAAACCUGAAGGGAAGGGGCUAGGGUGCCCUUGUACUGAAUAAGCUGUCAGGAGGAAGGCAUGGGGCAGUAAGAGAGGUUGGCAGAGUGGCCAUGGGGCCUUUGGAGAGCCAGCCUUGGAGCCUGCUCAUCCCCAGGGUGCUUGGCCCUUGCUGCUGAGGAGCCCAGCCUCACCUAGCAGGAAAGGAGAUCAAGGCCCCUCCUCCCAGGAGGCAGGGUCUGCUGCCCAGAACUUAAAUGCUUUUGAAAUCUCUUAGAUGUCGAAAUAUUUUUUCGAACCUGAAAAUGCAGCUGGUAGAAUUUCAAUGGAAGCAUAAUUCAUGUAAAAUAUAUUUUAGUUGAUAUUUUGUAAAAUGCACUUUUUGUGUGUGUCGACCCUGGUUUCUCAGAUCUGUAUUUCAGUGUUUACAAGGGAGGGAGGACCUUUCCUCACCUCCCUUUUGACAGAGAUUAGAAGUACUUCUUUAAGAAAAAAAUAAAUUUGAAAAAUUGUAUUGAUUUAGAAAAGGA